AUGCCUGGCGCCCAGCUCCCUGCGCUCGAGGAGGUGCUGCACGAUGUUGUCGCCAACGCACUGCCCGCCCCAGGCCACCAUCGUGCGCCCCCUCACACGCCACGGCGAGCCCCACCCACGCGCAGACGUCCAGCCGGUCCCACCGCAAUCUCUGAGAGGCUGUCGGCGGCGUUGUCGCACAAUCGCGCUCGGCGUCGUCAGCCCGAGCGGGCAGGGCCGCAGCGCUGGUCCACAGCACCGUCGCCGCCAGCCGCCGUCGCCCUUUUCGGUGGCUUCGCAAUCGCCGCGCCUCAAGUGGAGGACGAGGCGUGCUGUGUGUGCUUGGAUGUCUUGCUGCCGCACGCGUCUGGGUGUCAAGCGCCGCAGCCGUUUCCAACGCGCCCACGGCACCGGCUGCACCUCGAAUGCCUCGCCCAGUUCCGAGUGCAAGCGUCCCGUUCGUCCGACUUGUUGUGCCCAUUAUGCCGCCACGGUCGCUGCCCCGCGUGCGAGCCGGAGGGGUGGAUGCCCCGGCACGACGCGGCGUUGCGCGACGCGUGUGAGCGUGAGGACGUGGGGAUGCCAUUGCGCCUCUCUGGGGAGGAAACAGUGCAGGAAGCUGUCCAGGAUUACGCCCUCCGCACGUUCACUUCCCACGAUGCUCCAGAGCCACGGCCGCCGCCGGGUGUUGCCGUUUUGUGUUGCAACCGAGUCGCGGCGGUGAGGCGUCCAGGCAGCGUUGACUUCGUCCGCUUGCCGGAUCGCGAAAUGCAAUGGGCGCCUCUACCGGUCCGGCACGAUGCUGGCAUUGCAGGUUGGGUGCCAGCGUGGGUGUGCCCUGAUGUUCCGGUGCCCGCGCAGGCCGGAGAGCUGUGCGGUGGCUGCGGCAAUCAGCUGCGCUGGGAGUACGACCUGAGCACUGAACGGGGGCGCUUUCACUGCAGUGCCGGGUGCAUCCGACCCGCAGAGGUGCCGCUGGCGCCAGGCCCCGCCCCUGGUCCCACGGGCUCCGCUGUGCAGCCGGCAGUGCUCCCUGCCGGUCCCGUGGCCGCUCAACUCCCAGCGGUUGGCUACUGGUUGUCGCGCGGGCCUCCCGCAGGCGAGGUCUGGGAGAACACCAACUCCUGGCUAUACGUGCCGCUGCUGCAAGCUGCAGCGGGGGACCUGCUACCGCCUGCGGCCGAGGCUUGGCGGGCAGACCCGCGGACCCACGGCUGGUGGGAAGAAGCCAGGCGACUGUUGGUUGCGUCCGAACCUGUCUCGCCACGGUUGCUGGCAGCGGCCAUCCGUCGUGCUGCUGAGGCCACGCCUGCAUACAGCCAUCACAUACCCGACAUUCUAGAGCGCUUGGGGCAGGCGGGGCUACCUGCCAUUGCAUUGGUGCACGUGGGCUGGGCAGUGCGUCAGUUGCGUGAGCCCGAUGGCUACUUGCUUGCCCCUGUACAGGAGGCACUCCUGGAGUGUUACGGUGGCCUCCGGGUGGCAUCGCUCGAUCGCCACUCCGAUCGCUUCCGCCCGGAACCGCCGACUGUGCCCCCGGUUGAGGGUACAGAGGCUGCCGCCGUGGCCUGUGCUCCACACGCGCAGGGCCGUCGUAUGCGGCGCCGCCGCACCCACGGGGUGCCCCGUGACUCGGGACCAGACGAGGAUGGCGCGGCUUCAGUAAGUGAUUGUGCCGCGUCGGCGCCGUCUCAUCCCCCACAUUCGUUCGCAGGGACCGGCAUUUCCGGCGACGCUGCGCGGUGGUUGGACGACCUCGAUCUGUUGGCUGAGUUCCGACGCCGCGUACCGACUCUGCAAACUGUGCCCCGUUUCCUCGUCACCGGCGUUCGCCGGGCCUUCGUCGCCGCGCUGGAUGCCAUCCGGUCCGCGCACGUGGGUCGGGUGGAAGUAAAACGCGUGCGCGCCUGGAAACUCUUCUUCAUGUUGCCCCGCUUGCUGCUGGCUCGUUGUCCUCAGGCUGGAACGGAGGGCCGCGCUGUGCUGAUGCGCCGGUUGCAGCUGCUCCAGCAAGGCAACCUCGUCGCGCUACACGCGCAGACGCCGACGGCGGGCCCAUCUGAGGCACGUUCUCGCGCCGACCUAGGAGGCGACCCAGCGCGGGCCGCAGCCUCUGCGAAAGUCAAGCGGGGCCAGCUGUCGCGAGCACGGCAGCUGCUCACUGCGGCAGCGCUUGCUCCGGGUGACGACAGCACGCUGCGUGCGCUGACGGACCCUGCACGUCGGCCGCCGCAGCUGCUGCGGCCCUUGACGCCAGAUGUCCUCACGUUCAGCGCCGCUGAGGAGGUAACCCUGACCGUCGCGCAGGUUGCCGACGCCCUGCGCAGCACCAAGCGCGGGUCGGGCCCGGCGCGCGCCAGCCCCGUUGAGGGCGUCGGCGACGCAGGGAUGGGCGCGUCGCUGGUGGGGCGUCCUGUCGGUUGCUUUGCAGCGUGCCGUGGCAAGCUCCGUGCUCGGGGUCUGGACCAUGCCACCACUCCCCGGCGCGCCGGACGACGUGCCGCUUGGCGAUGCAUGUCCUUGACCUCGCUGAGGCGGCCGCGCCCAGCCGACUGCCUUUGCAGCCGUGACGCGCUGGCGUGUAGUGAUGUAGAGGAGCAUUUGGUCGGAGCCCUCCCGCAGCAGUCCGCCCUCUUCGAGUUGUUGCCUGCUCCCUCCUUCUCUCCAAUGCUUCAAGUGACCUGCCACAGCUCGCCCUCGCCCAUGCACAGCUCGCCCUCAAACAUGGGGUCCUGGGACUCCGCAGUGGGCCUCCUGGCUUCCCUGGCUGCACUUGGCUUCGAGGCACCCUCAUGGGCUUAUCUCCUACAUGCGGCCCCGCCGCGGGUCGACCCUGACGACCUCCCACUCGACCACACACGCAGCGGCCCGCCUCCCAAGCUGUUGAUGACUUCUGCCUGCGUGCCCUUUUGGCGCGAGCUGGAUGCACCCUCAGCCGCCCUGAUCCGCAGGCCGGGCCCUUUGCAGCACGUCCCCUCACAGCCAGCCCGACAUCCCCGAAUCUGUUCUGCGUCCUUCUGCUCCGCCGCCUGCGCCUCCCGCUGCCUCUUACCGCAGCACGCUGCAGAUGCCGUCAAUUGCAUGAUCCACUCGGCCUUGCCGAUCCCAAGAAGCGUAAAAUUUUCGAUAAUGGUGGGAAACGGGAUGAAACGGGAGGCCCAAGCCUCGAAAACCGAGCCCAUCUCAGGAGAUAAGAAGUGGACACAGAGCACAAGCAGAUUUGUGAUAGCUUUCCCUGCUGAAACGAAACUGAGUGGCGGUUCCAUCUGUGAUUGGCACCCGAUUCGCAUGUAG